UGGCCAGUGCUCUCCUGUGUGCCGAUGGGGUCCAAUUCAGAAGCUAAGAUCAAGCUUGUUAAAGGGAGGUUAAGAUGACACUGAGGACUCAUGUGUCAGGUUUGCAUCAUGCAUAAGUCAGGUGUGCAGACAGGUGGUCGUUUUCCGUCCUGCUCGCUCAUGGUCAUGGGCGUACGCCUGCUGCCGCCCCGCCAUGUCCCGGCGGCCGCCGCCGUCGUGAUCCUCACGGCCCUCGCCGCCUCCGCGGCCGGCGGCGUGGAAGACAGUAUGGGUAGCAAGUACUUGUACGACGACGGCGGGGCGGUCGUAGGCGCGACGACGGUACUGAACUCCACCGCCGACACCACCGUGGUGCCGGUGGCGCCACGGCUGACCGCAGCGGCCACGACACGCCGCCGCCGCUGUCUGCAGGAAGCAGCGGUGGUGGAGGACGAGGUGCCGCCGGAAUUCCCGGUGGCCCUCGUCGGCGUCGGUGGUGGGCGGGAGGACGACAAGGUCCGUCGGUCGCUUGACAAGGACAAACUCUACUGCAAGCCGGACGAGUGCGUCGGCGGCUCUUCGUACAUCUACCACGGCCACGGCUGCAUUUACGAAAAUCAUUGCCAGAGCGGUCCUCCGCAGUGACCACCAUGACAUGUGUCACGAUAUUUCAUAUAUAUAAAUCCAUAUAUACCA